GUGGCGGAGUAGGAGAAUCCAGAAGGCGUAACCAGAGGCUUCUGAUCUGGGAUUUUCCUGACGGGGCUUGUGGCAUUUUCGUUCCACGAUUCCAGUGCAUCUGUCCGUUGUCGUGCGAGACACUAGUUAGGAUGCACUCAACUAAACUGGCUAAGGAAGACUUAGAGGAGAAAACUUAGAGGCGAAAAGGGAGGCGGGGCCCGAUCCAAGGAAGGUGGCAGGGAAAACGGUUGGAAUGAGGAAGGGUGUGGUCUCGAACUGAGAUUUGCAUAAAACGGAGCCCAUCUAGGUGACUACAACUUCACUCGUUUAUUGGUAGCCCCUGGGCACUGCCUGGCUGCUCCUAGCAGAGCAUGCCGGGCGUUGUAGUUCAGAGUGCGGUUGCUAUGGCGUUCUCUCCAGCCCCCCGGAGUCCGGGAGUGACGAGCGGCCCGACCAAUGGAAGUGGCGCCUGGGCCAACGAGGGCGGGCUCUCUGCGUAAGGACUCCAAGGUGGCGGUGGCGGAGGCUUAGGCCGUUAGAGCUUCUCGAAGGCAGGUGACUAUGAAAGGCUUGUAUUUUCAACAGAAUUCUCCGAAUGAAGACAUCACGUUUGUAUUUCAGGAAAGGGAGAAUCUCCCUGUUACAGAGGAGAACUAUGUGAAGCUCCAAGUUAAAGCUUGUGCUCUGAGCCGCAUAAACACGAAGCUCCUGGCAGAAAUGAAGAUGGAGAAAGAGUUCUUUCCUGUUGGGAGAGAAAUUGCCGGAAUUGUGUUGGAUGUUGGAAGUAAGGUGUCAUUCUUUCGACCAGAUGAUGAAGUAGUUGGGAUCUUACCCCUGGACUCUGAAGACCCCGGGCUCUGUGAGGCGGUCCGCGUGCACGAGCACUACUUGGUUCACAAGCCAGAAAAAGUCUCGUGGACGGAAGCCGCUGGAACCGUUCGGGACGGAGUGCGAGCCUACACAGCUCUGCAUUACCUUUCUCCUCUCUCUGCAGGGAAGGCCGUGCUGAUAAUGGACGGAGCAAGUACGCUCGGUACGAUCGCCAUUCAGUUAGCGCUCCACCGCGGAGCCAAAGUGAUCUCGACGGCCAGCAGCCUGGAAGACAAGCAGCACCUUGAGAGACUCCGGCCUCCCCUAGCCCGGGUGGUCGAUGUGUCGCAUGGGAGCGCCCGUGUGGCCGAGAGCUGCUUGGAAGAGACAGGGGGCCUGGGAGUGGACAUUGUCCUAGAUGCUGGAGUGAGAUUGUACAGGGAAGAGGAUGAACCCCCCGGGAAGUCACAGCUGCUGCCACACAAGCACGACAUCCUCACCCUGCUCGGGGUCGGAGGCCGCUGGGUAACGACGGAGGAGAACCUGCAGCUGGACCCUCCCGACUGUCACUGCCUUUUCCUCAAGGGAGCAACAGUGGCUUUCCUAAAUGACGACGUGUGGAACCUGUCAAACGUACAACAAGGAAAAUACCUUUGUAUCUUAAAAGAUGUGAUGGAGAAGCUAUCAGCUGGUGUUUUCAGGCCGCGUUUGGAGGAACCCAUCCCGCUGCAUGAGGCGAAAGUGUCCAUGGAAGUUGUUCAGAAAAAUCAAGGAAGAAAAAAGCAAGUCGUUCGAUUUUAAUGUUGUUCUUUCCCACACCUCGGUUGGAUUAGCCCAUUCCAGCAGCUGAAGCCAGUUUCCUUGGGAAUGCUCAGAAAAGUCAAGGAAGACAAAAGCAAGUGUUCUAUUUUCAGGCAUGUUUUCCUGCUGGCUGAGACAAGAUGCUGUUGUUUCAGAUACUUCAAAAGUGUUUCAAAAUUCCCGGACAAACGGCCACGACCAGUCUACGAGCAUCACCGGGAGCACGGGUGGCGAACACCAGGCCCGCCCCGUUUCUUCUCCCUGGCGGCGGCCGCGGCAGCCUAACUGGUCACGAGCUGUUCCGUGCACAAGGUCCUAGAGUUACAUUCCGCCCUUGGGCGGCCACCGCGAGGGUGCGGUGGCCCCGGCGACAAUGAGUUGCACGCCCCUGACCUAAAAGAAAUGCCUGGAAGCGUUUUCCAUUCCUGCUUUUAUACAUUUGCCUCCGUUACAAAACGCUGUCC